CUGCCAGCCGGUGUGCUCGCAUGAAAAACGAAAUAUUUCGGAAAUAGCUCAGCCCGUGGCCAAAAAUGUUCGGAGGAAAUUCCAGAGCAGCAGGCAUGUGGCAUCACAUGGUUUUGCUCAGCUGCAUUUGGAGUGCAUUUUUCGUGUGCCAUAGCCGAGGGCAGCAAAUAAACAUCGGUGCCUUCUUCUACGACGAUGAGCUGGAGCUGGAAAAGGAGUUCAUGGAGGUGGUGAACGCUAUUAAUGGACCGGAAUCAGAGCAAACCCAUCGUUUUAAUCCGCUUAUCAAGCGCUUAAAGCCCGAAGAUGGCAGUGUAACAAUGCAGGAACAGGCCUGCGAUCUCAUAGAUAAUGGUGUCGCGGCUAUUUUCGGACCAAGUUCAAAGGCGGCGAGCGACAUUGUAGCCUUGGUGUGCAAUAAUACCGGCAUACCGCAUAUAGAGUUUGAUGUCUCGGACGAGGAGCAUCAGGAAGAGAAGCCCAACCAUCAAUUAACCCUGAAUCUCUACCCAUCGCAGGUUAUAUUGUCAAAGGCCUAUGCCGAUAUUGUGCAGAAUUUUGGGUGGCGCAAGUUCACCAUUGUUUAUGAUGCCGAUGAUGCUAAAGCUGCAGCUCGCUUGCAGGAUCUUUUGCAGUUGCGAGAGGUCCAUAACGACGUAGUGCGAGUAAGGAAGUUUCAAAAGGACGAUGACUACAGGGUGAUGUGGAAGAGCAUCAGAGGUGAACGACGAGUGGUUUUGGACUGUCCUCCUGGCAUGUUGGUGGAACUCUUGAACUCCUCCUCGGAGUUUGGACUGACUGGACAGUUCAAUCACAUAUUUUUGACCAACUUGGAGACCUACACUGAUCACUUGGAGGAACUCUCAGCGGAUAAUGAAACUUUUGCCGUAAACAUAACAGCUGCUCGUCUGUUGCUCAACCCCGAUACGCCAGCGUAUUCCCAGCCUUAUGGAUACGUUACUCAAAGGGAGAACAUCGUCUACGAAAGCAAUGAGUCGGAACGCACUCUGCUCCACGACCUGAUUCAUGAUGCACUACACCUUUUUGCGCAAUCCUGGCGGAAUGCCAGCUUCUUUUACCCGGACAAGAUGGAAGUGCCGCGAAUAACCUGCGACUUUGCGGCUUCCGGAGGUCGCACCUGGGCCAUGGGUCGCUAUCUAACGCGCCUCAUGAAAGGGACUUCCGGCGUGAACAGCACGAACUUCCGGACAAGUAGUCUGCAGUUCGACAAGGAUGGACAGCGGAUAACAUUCAACAUUGAGGUGUACGAUCCCCUGGACGGCAUUGGCAUAGCCAUCUGGGACCCCAGGGGCCAAAUAACUCAGCUGAAUGUGGACGCCAAGGUGCAGAAGAAGAUAAUAUACCGCGUGGCCACGAGAAUAGGACCGCCGUAUUUCUCGGUGGACGAGACUGCCGCCGAGCUAAAUCUUACAGGCAACGCUCUGUAUAAAGGAUAUGCCGUGGACCUUAUAGCCGCCAUCGCCAAAGAAGUUGGGUUCGAGUAUAUCUUCGUUCCGGUUGCCGAUCAGCAGUAUGGAAAGCUGGACAAAGACACCAAGCAGUGGAAUGGCAUCAUCGGGGAAAUCGUUAACAAUGAUGCGCACAUGGGAAUUUGUGAUCUAACCAUCACUCAAGCUCGCAAAACCGCAGUGGACUUUACGGUGCCCUUUAUGCAAUUGGGAGUUAAUAUACUCGCCUACAAAAGUCCGCAUGAGGAAAAGUCACUGGAUGCGUAUCUGGAACCCUUUGGCGGCGAAGUCUGGAUCUGGAUUCUAAUAUCGGUGUUCGUGGUGACCUUUCUCAAGACAAUAGUGGCGAGGAUCUCCAAGAUGGACUGGGAGAACCCGCAUCCGUGCAACCGCGACCCCGAAGUGCUCGAAAAUCAGUGGCACAUCCACAACACAGGCUGGCUGACGGUGGCCUCCAUUAUGACGGCAGGAUGCGACAUCCUGCCAAGGAGUCCCCAGGUUCGCAUGUUUGAGGCCACCUGGUGGAUUUUUGCCAUCAUCAUUGCCAACUCCUAUACGGCCAAUCUGGCUGCUUUUCUGACCAGUUCCAAAAUGGAGGGCAGCAUCGCCAACUUGAAGGAUCUGAGUGGCCAGAAGAAGGUGAAAUUCGGCACCAUCUACGGUGGCAGUACAUAUAAUCUUCUGGCUGAAUCCAACGAGACCGUCUAUCGCCUGGCUUUCAAUCUGAUGAACAACGACGAUCCCUCGGCCUACACCAAGGAUAAUACUGAGGGAGUCGAACGCGUGAAGAAGAACCAGGGCAACUAUAUGUUUCUCAUGGAGACCACCACCUUGGAAUACCAUUGCGAGCAGAACUGCGACCUUCGCUCGGUUGGAGAAAAGUUCGGGGAGAAGCACUAUGCCAUCGCGGUUCCAUUUGGUGCGGAGUACAGGUCCAAUUUGAGUGUGGCCAUCCUGCACUUGAGUGAACGGGGUGAUCUGUACAGUCUCAAGCAGAGGUGGUGGAAGAACCCCAACGCCAGCUGCUUUGAGGAACCAGAUCCGAAUGCCACUCCCGACAUGAACUUCGAGGAGCUGCGCGGCAUCUUCUACACGCUCUACGUGGGCAUCCUGAUCGCUUUCCUCAUCGGCAUCACCGAGUUUCUGGUCUACGUUCAGCAAGUGGCAUUGGAAGAGAAGCUCACUUUAAAGGCCGCCUUCAACAAAGAGAUCCGGUUCGUGCUUUGCGUGUGGAACAACAAAAAGCCCAUAGUGGCUGGCACCCCAGUAUCCAGUCUCAGGACCACACCGCGAAGGUCCUUGGACAAGUCCUUGGAGCGCACUCCCAAGUCAAGUCGCCGAAUCGUUAUCGGACGCUCCUCGGAAGAAAUGCGUGAGAUGCCACAAGGAUCUGGUUCUGGCUCCUCGUCGGCCACAAAUAACACGAAGUUGGAACAACAAGAGGAGCGUUUUUAAAUACUCUGUUGUCAUUGAUUAAAAAUAUUUCAUUAAAUUGUAUAUGAAUGCUUAAUUAAUAUAAAGUUUGUAUAAACUGCAGCUGCUGCUUCAUUUCCGUAAACAAUUUUUGUUCAGUGCUCGCUGAGUUGCUUUCAAUAAAGGCCACGGCCAUCAUUUCAACCGUAA